AUGUCAGCGAAAACGAAGCAAGAUUCAAAGAGCGGGAAAGACGAGAGCUACGAUGCCUACUUCGAUAUGGUGCAGAGCAGAAAGAAGCUCCCCUGCGCAUUGCAGGAGAAGCUAACAUCCGCAUUCGCAAAAAUACCUGUCUCGUCCUUCCCCAAAGUCCCCGGUGGGAAAGUUAUCGAGAUUCAAGCAGACAUGUCGAUAGGCGAUGCCCUUAAGGUGUUAUCAGAAACCAACAUUCUCUCGGCUCCUGUAGUCGACCCCGAGGCUAGUGAUAGCAAGGAUUGGAGGAAUAGAUAUUUGGGGAUCGUUGAUUACUCUGCUAUAGUUCUUUAUGUGAUGCAGACCGCAGAAAUCGCAGCGGUGACCUUAUCCGCCACCUCAGCUGCUGCUGCUGGAGUCGGGACUGCUGCUGCCGGUACCAUUGGCGCACUAGCACUAGGUGCCACGGGUCCCCUAGCCAUGGCUGGGCUGACUGUAGCUGCAGUCGGUGCAGCUGUGGCAGGGGGUGUGGCCGCGGACAGAGGAAUGGGGAAAGAUGCUGCCACUGCUGCGGAUAAGUUAGGCAACGAUUUCUACAAGGUCAUCCUCCACGAGGAGCCUUUUAAGUCGACCACGGUUAGGUCGAUCCUUAAGUCGUAUAGAUGGGUGCCUUUUGUGCCCGUUGCUCCGGAUAGCUCGAUGUUGAGCGUUAUGCUUCUGCUCUCGAAGUAUAGGCUAAGGAACGUCCCCGUGAUCGAGCUAGGGAGUCCAUCUAUCAGCAACUUCAUUACUCAAUCCGCAGUGGUACACGGCCUCCAAGAAUGCAGGGGAAGGGACUGGUUCGACUGCAUCGCUGCGCAUCCUAUAUCCGACCUCGGGCUCCCUUUCAUGUCCCUAGAUCAGGUGGUGAGCGUUCGGGACAAUGAGUUGGUUCUCGAAGCCUUCAAGAAGAUGAAGGAGAAUCAAAUCGGAGGGCUCCCAGUCGUGGAGGGCGAGUCAACGAAGAUGUUGGGAAACAUAAGCAUAAGAGAUAUUAGAUUCUUGUUGCUCAAACCUGAGCUAUUCAAAAAUUUCAGGGAGCUCGCUGUGAAGGACUUCAUAAAGGCUGUGGCGUCGACCACAGCCGACAAUAGUAAAAUGGUGACACCAAUCACGUGCCAGUCGAGUUCGACUCUUGGCACUGUGAUAGACACUCUGGCCUCGAGGGCGGUCCAUAGGAUCUAUGUCGUUUCAGGGGAGGGAAAGCAGGUGCUCGGCGUUGUUACCCUAAGAGAUGUCAUCUCCUGUUUCAUCACUGAGCCUCCCAAUUUCUUCGAUGAUUACUUUGGCUUCACCGCGAAAGAAAUAUUGAGUCGAUAGCCGACGAGAUUUCUGAAGAACCAUGACGUUGUUGUUGCGUUUUGCGAUCGGUCGGAAUGGAGCAGAGAGUAGCCAGGUUUCAGCUAAGAU